AUGGAGGACACUAGUCUCCCCAAUUCUUCAGCCGAUGACCUCAAGAAACAUGUGAUGAAGGUUUUCGAGGAGGCCACCGAAGACCGUGAGGACCUUUCCUUGAAAGGAAUGUUUGACUCGAUCAGGGACUACGACUCCCUUAACAACCUUGCUGAUGAAACCAAAGAGCUCUUUAAGCCUCAGCCUGAGUCGGGCAUUCUCACUGACGUUGCCGUCUUCACUAUUGUCAUUUGGGCCUACACCUAUGUCGACAAGACCGAGGCUGCUCUCAAGGUAUACCGCCAGAUGAUAGCCGCCAGCGUCUCCCCCACUUCUUACACAUACAUUAUACUCAUUACCUCACUUGCAACACACUCGUCUAUUGAUGUCAGUUUUCUUGGGUAUGCCAAGAAGUACUUUUUGGAAAUGUUGGAUAAGGGGAUGAAGCUCCAUUCUGCCACCUACACCACUGUGUUAGAUGCCAUUGCCUGCCGUGAGUCGGCAGAGAAGGCCAGGGAGUUUGUUGAGCAGAUAUAA